GGGCAAGCCCUCUGUUAAUGAUUCUUUUGCCAUUUCGACCCAUUGCCACCCUGCACCGAAACCGCACUCUCGAACCCCAAGAUUCCUAAUCCGCCUCGUCCCUCGAGAUGGCUGGCGACAUCGUGGAGUCAUGGCCGGUUCACGAGAUUAUCUACACGUCCAUUGUAGGCCUGGUGAUGGUCGCAGCCUUGCUCGAAUGGUUCCUCUGGAUAGCCGCGUUCAUGUACUGUUUGUGGAAAGUGUUCAAGAAGGCCGAGCAUUGGACAGUACGGAUCCUUGCUGUCAUAGUUGGCAUCGCUUUUCUGUUGCUAAGGUGCAUUUUUCUUCCCAUCAUGAUCGUCACUCUACCGCUUCCAAGCCAGAUCGUCCGGGUCUGGCCGCCAGGCAUGGUCGACGACCUCCAGUGGUUUGCUUUCUAUAGCUUUGCCGGUCUCCUGACGAUCCCGUGGCUCUUUUGCGUCUACCAAAUCGUCACGCAUCAGCUCGGGCGACAGCGGCGCAUCAAGCAGGUUCUAGAUGAAGUAUCUGCACCAAAGGUCGUCAUCGUCAUGCCUUGUUACAAGGAGGAGCCCGAGAUCCUCGUCUCUGCUGUCAACUCGGUUGUCGAUUGCGACUACCCGCCGUCGUGUAUUCACGUCUUUCUCUCCUUCGACGGCGACCAGGAAGAUGAGCUCUACCUUAAUACCAUUGAAAAGCUUGGCGUUCCCCUAACGCUUGAGACAUAUCCCACAAGCAUUGAUGUCUCGUACAGGGACGCGCGCGUCACGAUCUCAAGAUUCCCCCAUGGCGGAAAAAGGAACUGCCAGAAGCAGACGUUCAAACUCAUCGACAAGGUGUACCACGAAUACCUCAAGCGAAACGAUAAUCUUUUUAUUCUCUUCAUUGAUUCCGACUGCAUCUUGGACCGGGUUUGCCUGCAGAAUUUUGUCUAUGACAUGGAGCUCAGCCCGGGUAAUAGGAGAGACAUGCUGGCCAUGACAGGUGUCAUCACAUCUACCACCAAGAAACACAGCCUCAUCACUCUGCUUCAAGACAUGGAGUAUGUCCACGGGCAGUUGUUUGAGAGAACGGUGGAAUCUGGCUGCGGGGCUGUCACCUGCCUUCCAGGAGCCUUGACCAUGCUGCGCUUCUCAGCCUUCCGACGAAUGGCCAAAUACUACUUCGCCGACAAGGCGGAGCAGUGCGAGGACCUGUUCGAUUUCGCCAAAGGCCAUCUGGGAGAGGACCGGUGGCUGACGCACCUGUUCAUGAUUGGUGCUAAGAAGCGAUAUCAGAUCCAGAUGUGCACCUCGGCCUUUUGCAAGACUGAGGCGGUCCAGACGAUGCGGUCGCUUAUCAAGCAAAGGCGUCGCUGGUUUCUUGGAUUCAUCACCAACGAGGUCUGCAUGUUGACAGACUGGCGCCUGUGGAAGCGGUACCCGAUCCUCAUACUGGUUCGGUUCAUGCAGAAUACGAUAAGAACGACGGCCCUGCUCUUUUUCAUCAUGCUCCUGGCUCUACUCACGACGUCAAAGAGAGUCAACGACCUCCCCGUAGGCUUCAUCGCAAUCUCUCUGGGCCUGAAUUGGCUGAUGAUGAUCUACUUCGGCGCUAAGCUGAAACGGUUCAAACUUUUCCUAUACCCCAUGAUGUUCGUGCUAAAUCCGUUUUUUAACUGGUACUAUAUGGUGUACGGUAUUUUUACGGCUGGCCAGCGAACCUGGGGAGGCCCGCGAGCUGACGCUGCGGCUGCCGACUCUCACACGACAGCCCAAGAGGCCAUUGAGCAAGCCGAGAAGGCGGGCGAUGACCUCAACAUUGUUCCCGAGUCGUUCAUCCCUGCAGCUAAGGAAAGGAAGGAACUAGCGAGCAAAGAGGAGAAAAACGGCACAGGGCUGGGCCGAUCUAAAAGUCUCCUGCAGCCUCCCGACAAGGUCAUUGGUAAGUUCGCAGCGCCAGAGAGAACACCAAGCGGCUGGUAUCAGCACCCCGACGAUUCGAUGGCAAGCGUUAGUGUCCUUGCGGGGUCGUUACAUCCCGGGGGGAAGAGACACCUGCACCACCGUGACUCGUUCGACAGCACCUUUUCAGCUCAGACUGGCAAUUUCUCGGUAUAUAUGCCGCGAAGGGUGGAAAGCAUCAUGGGCGAGGAGGACAGGCGCAAGUACGAGCUUGCACAGGCCAGCCAGUUAAACCAAUAUUCAAGCGGCAACGUUCGGGUGCACCAGGGGCCACCGCCUGGGCAGGUUUACGAGUUCUCCGAAUCAGAGCUCAGGAGAGCGGGCUUUAUGGAUACCGCAGACUCGCUCAUGGUUGCAGCAAACGCCAGCCGGCCCGCACAUAGGAGAAUUGGAAGCAGCGACAGCGUGGGCUCGGCCAGCUUGGCGCACGAACAAUUUGGCGAGCAAGCACAUCAGCCAGACUCCCAUAGAGCCACCCCCCAACCAAUUAUGCCGCCGCCAAACUCGACGGGACGCACAGGAAGGAGCCCCCUUGGCCGAGCCAGCUGGAUACGAACAUCCACAAUGGACGAGGUAGAAGAUGAGAUUGAGGACUCUCACCACGAUCCUGACAACCGUAAUGCCUUCCCGGCGUCAAGGGCUAACCACCGAUAGUUGAAGGUGGCACCCUGGCGGACUGGACAUAGGAACGGCAGGCCAAUGGCCGAAGGGGAUAUCGACACAGACACCAAGAGAUUGCUCACAUAUCCCCGGUGCCCGUGUCCGACCUCGUCCGGGGGUCGGCACGGCCGGCGCGUCGUGAGACCUGGCUAGAGAAAUAGCGCCGGGCUGGGAUGGCCGAGGCUAGACAGACUGCCACGUAUUGUAGUAUGUCUCUUUUUUCAUGGGUUUCAGUUUUGGGAGAAGAUAGGAGAUGUUAUCGGGCUUCGAUUUUGGGAUGACAUGCUGUAGCACGAUAAGAGAAAACAUAAGACAGGGCUGGAGCUGCUCAAAUUUGGAACGUCAUGACAUAGCAAACUCUAAAAGGGGCAAAGGGGCCGGCUUGGUCAGACGGGGGUAAAUUUAUACACAUAGCUUCACAUUACCUGUGUAUGUAUGGCAGGUUAGGCAGGGGCACUUUAAGUGUGCCAACAACUGGCAUAAGCCACA